AUGCCGGACGAAGCACCGAGCGCUAACACGAGUCAAGCCAUCGGCAAAGUGACAAAGUUUGUGGUGGGAGCGGAUUGGGAGUCCUACACCGAACAACUGGAUUUUUACUUUCUUGCAAAUGGAAUCAAGGAACCUAAAACAAUGAAGGCCGUACUUUUGACGAACCUUCCGGUGGAAACUUACCAAUUGGCGAAGGAUUUAGUGGCCCCCACACAACUGAAAGAUGACGCCAUUACCUAUGAGAUCAUCGUGGAGCGAAUGCGGGAACAACUGAAACCUGAAAGAUCAGCGCUGGUUGCGAGGUAUGAGUUCGACAACCGAGCCAGGAAUUCCGGUGAGUCAGUUAGUCAUUAUGUAGCCACGCUGAAGCACUUGGCCACAGAAUGUAAGUUUGGAGAGGCCAUGCGAACCGAGCGCCUUCGUGACCGAUUAGUUUCAGGUAUCCGCGACUCGAAGAUGAUUACGGAAUUGUUGAAAGUAAAACUCGCCGACCUUUCAUUUGAUCUCGCGGUUCAAAAGUGUUUGGCCAUUGAGCAGGCUAAUAAAGAUGUUCAGGUGCUUCAGGGAGAACAAGGGCCAGGCACCCCAAUCAAUAAACUUGACACUGUCAAAACUGGGGAAGAACAAGCCAUAUCCAAGCCACCACCUAGGGCCGAGGGUCCCCGAGGUAAGGACAGUAAGAAGUCUAAACCUUGUUACCGCUGUUCAGGGUCACAUAACUCACAAAAGUGUCCCUUCAUGAAAGAACGCUGUUUUCAUUGUGGCAUCAUUGGACAUACACAGAGAGCAUGUAGGAAGAGACAGGCCACCUCACAGAUGACUGAGGCUGGAAUAAAUGUCAUGGAGGGUGAUGAUUCCGAAGAAAGUGAUGGAGAAUUUGGGAACCUGUACCAUGUCUCAGACAUUAAAAACACAAAGCCCAUUUCACUUAAGAUCUACCUUGAAGGCCGCCCAGUGACUAUGGAGCUGGAUACAGGUUCAAUGGUGUCAGUCAUGAGUGAGAGGGUGUAUUUGGAUUACCUCCGCCACAUUCCUUUAAAGGACACCUCCUUGAAGUUGCGCACAUACACAGGAGAGUCAGUGAAGCCUAUGGGGUUUUGCCAUGUGACUGUGCAGUAUCAGGGACAGUCAAAGAAACUUCCCAUAUAUGUAGUGAAGAAUGAGGGACCCACCCUUUUUGGCAGAGAAUGGCUGGAAUCUAUCCAUCUGGACUGGCCCUUACUUCGUCUGGAAACAUCCGACACCAUUCCAGCCCUGGAAGAUGUCCUGAGUAAGUAUGGAGAUGUUUUCUCUGAAGGUUUGGGCAAAAUGAAGAAUAUCCAAGCACGGAUCCAAGUUAAAGAGGAUGCCCGGCCUCGAUUCUGGAAAGCCCGCCCAGUAGCGCUGGCUCGUAAACCAGCAGUGGACGAAGCAUUGAGAGAGCUGGAAGCUGAAGGAGUUAUAAAGAAGGUAGCUACUAGUGAGUGGGCUGCUCCAAUUGUGACACCUGUGAAGAAGGAUGGCAGUGUAAGAGUGUGUGGUGACUUCAAAGUGACCAUCAAUUCACAGCUGGAGGUAGACGAGUACCCACUUCCCCGCAUUGAUGAUAUUUACGCCAGCCUAGGUGGGGGAACGUUGUUCAGCGUCAUUGACCUUCGUCAGGCUUACUUACAAAUGGAGGUUGAGGAGCACUCCAGGCCUUUCCUCACCAUUAACACAACCCGUGGUUUGUUCCAGUACCAGCGCCUUCCUUAUGGUGUAGCUUCGGCGCCAGCCAUCUGGCAGCGAGCUAUGGAUCAGAUCCUGCAAGGACUACCAGGGGUCUUCUGUUACCUGGAUGAUAUCAUUAUAACCGGCCAUACCAUAGAGGAACACCUGGAGCGGUUAGUCGCAGUAUUGAAGAGGUUGGAAGAGUAUGGUUUGAAAGCCAACCGAGAAAAGUGUAAAUUCCUUAGAAGUUUUGUGGAGUACCUAGGACACGUCAUCUCUGCAGAAGGACUGCACCAAUCCCCAAAGAAAGUAAAGGCUAUCACUGAGAUGCCGAAACCUCAGGAUGUUACUCAACUGCGUGCUUUUCUUGGCAUGGUCCAGUAUUACGCCAAAUUCUUGCCCGAUCUGGCCACUCAUCUUGCUCCACUUCAUCGGCUGUUACAGAAAGAUGUGACGUGGUUGUGGGGAGCUGCGGAACAAACUAGUUUUCUUGUGGUGAAAGAAAUGUUGCUACAGGAUAGGGUUCUGAUGCGCUAUGACCCUGACUCACCACUAGUUCUUGCCACAGACAGCUCCUCGUAUGGUCUCGGAGCGGUCUUGUCACACCGUACUGCUGAGGGAGUAGAGCGUCCUAUCGCUUAUGCGUCCCGGUCCCUGUCCGAAACAGAGAAGAAGUUCUCACAAAUCGAGAAAGAAGCAUUAUCUUUGGUUUGGGGUGUGAAGAAGUUCCAAAUGUACCUGGAGGGUCGCCACUUCACCUUGGUCACCGACCAUCAGCCUUUGAAGUACAUAAUGGACCCCGGGAAGGCUGUGCCAGUCACAGCACCAGCGAGGAUUCAACGUUGGUGUCUCUUCCUAGGAGCUUUUUCAUACAAUAUCGAGUUCCGAGGUACCAAGCAACAUGCCAAUUGUGAUGGUUUAUCUCGCCUACCCCAACCAUCAGCGCCCGCUGACAAGCCCGAUGAAGUUGAAAUAUUCCAUACCACCGUUGUCGAGGCCCUCCCCGUUACAGAGCACGACUUGAGAAUGCAGACCCGUAGGGAUCCAGUACUUUCCCGUGUUCUGGAGCUUGUGCAGUCAGGAUGGCAAGGGACCGAACUUCACCCAGAGCUCAUCCACUAUGCCCAUCGCGGUAACGAAAUCACGAUUCAUCAUGGAGUUCUAAUGUGGGGUAGUAGAGUAGUCGUCCCAGCCAAACUGAGAGAGAGAGUUUUGGAAACGCUUCACGAGGGUCACAUUGGUAUGGUCAAGAUGAAGGGUUUGUCCCGGGGUUUUGUUUGGUGGCCAAACAUUGACAAGGACAUAGAAGGGGCCGUCCGAAACUGUGAGGGAUGUCAAGAGUUGGCCAAUAAUCCAGCCCGUGCACCCCUGCAUCGAUGGGAGUACCCUUCCCUUCCCUGGCAAAGACUGCAUAUUGACUUUGCCGGACCAGUCGAGGGAAAGAUGCUCAUGGUAGUGAUCGAUGCCCACAGCAAGUGGCCGGAGAUUUUCGUGAUGGAGAUCACCACUGCUGAAGAAACCGUUAGCACGCUGCGCUCUCUGUUUGCCCGCAUGGGACUCCCUGACCAGAUGGUGUCAGAUAAUGGUCAACAGUUCACGUCUGAAACCUUUAGGAAAUUUACAACUGCGAACGGUAUAAAGCAUGUCACUGGUGCACCUUACCAUCCAUCAACCAAUGGUCAGGCGGAAAGAUUAGUACAGAGUUUCAAGAAAGGAGUUAAGGCUGACAAGUCCAGUAGAACCCUGCAACACAAGCUUGAUAGGUUCCUGUUAGCUUAUCGAUCAGCGCCACACGCCACUACUGAGCUUAGCCCUGCACAGCUUCUCCUGGGUCGGAAUGUUAAGACAAGAGGUCCAAAAUGGGUGCGUGGCACCGUCAUUGAACAAACGGGUCCAGUCCUGUACAAAGUCAAGGUAAACGACCAAACCUGGAAACGUCAUGUCGAGCAGCUACGGGAUAGCAAUCUUUGCCCACCUGACGCGGAAACGAUUGAUGAUUGUGCUGUUCCGGAGGAGGUCGAACAUGACACACCGCCUGUAGCUACGGAGACUGAGUGGAAGGAUGCACCACCUUUGGCUGUGACGCCUAUUGGGGAGUUUUCCCCUCCAGAACCACAAGGUCAUCAACUAGAUCCGAAACCUGAAUUGAUUACCACCCGUGCCGGUCGUUUGGUUAAACCACCUCUAUCUGUUAUGAUUUUAGCAUUACUAGCAUCAUUGUGGGAUAGGUCUGUGGCCCAUAAAGAUCGUGAAAACUUCGAAGGGAAUCGGAAACCCUCUGUUUUAGCAGACGACGUUCAUGAAGCACUGCUCGACCUUGUUGAAGGCAAGGCACAACCACCGGUGAAAGAACGGACGAGAACAAUGCGUGCAGCUGCUGUGCGAUACUGGAGAGCCGGCGGAAAGAUAUCAGUGAAAGCAGACCAUGGUGAUAAGGCACUUUAUUACGAGGGGCGGCGACUGUUAAAAUCAUCAGAGGUUAACAAAGUAGUGGUUGAGGAAUUUGAAAGGACGAAAGGAUCUGGUGCGGUGAAGUUGGCUUGCUCACUGAGGGACAACUUUUUAGGAGUAAGUCGAGCUAAAAUACAAACCAUUCUAAACACGGACAAAAGUCAUUAUCGCCGAAAUGCUAAGUUUCUUAAUAAGGCGAAGCUGAAACCUAUCAGAGCCAGAGAUGUUCAUGUUAGGCACCAAAUAGAUUUGAUGGAUAUGAGCAAAAGAGAAUCCGUGAAGAUGAAUGGACAUUUUUACAGAUACGUUCUAACAGUGAUUGAUGUUUUCAGCCGUUUCCUUUGGCUUCGUCCUUUGGGAAGCAAAUCAAGCCAAGUUAUUGCAAUCGCCCGCGCCAUCCCCAAUCACAAGGCAAGGUGGAACGUUGCCACAGGACACUAA